AAAAUUUCCCAAAAUUAUUUGACAAAAAAGAAAUUGAAUAUGGAGGUAGUUAUUACAGUUGGAGCUAUUGAACCUGAAUGCCCAAACACAGAGAAUAACGGUUUUCCACCGGUAACAAAAAAAAUUAAGAAAGCAACUCUCUCUCUCUGAAACAAAUUCCCCGCGAAAAUUAGUGCUGAAAAUCAAGAACAGAUUUUCAUAAAUGAAUUCUUCAUCCCCCCAUCAGCCCGAUGGCCAUAAUCUCUGUUCUUGGUUCAUCCAUAUUUUUAUGCAUUUUUCUGGUAAUUUCUCCUCCAACACUUUGCAUUUCUGAAUCCGAAGCUCUCCUCAAACUCAAGAAAUCCUUCGCCAAUUCAUCCUCUCUCGAUUCAUGGAAGCCCGGGACGGAACCCUGCGCAGCCAACGCGCAAUGGAUCGGCAUAAUCUGCGCCAACGGAUUGGUCUCGAGCCUCAGGCUCAAGAACUUGGGCCUCUCCGGGGAGAUAGAUGUUGAGUCGCUGGCCUCACUUCCGGGCCUCAGAAGCGUUGGCUUCGUCUCGAAUUCCUUCACGGGCCCUAUCCCGAAUUUCCAUCGCAUGGUGCUGCUCAAGGGAUUGUACCUGUCUCGGAACCAGUUUUCAGGUGAGAUUGCAGCCGACUAUUUCAAACCCAUGGCCGGCCUCAAGAAGGUUUGGUUGUCCGGGAACAGGUUUUCGGGCCGGAUUCCAGCCUCGUUGUUUCAGCUGUCCCAUCUGAUGGAGCUACGCCUUGAUAACAACCAGUUUUCAGGGGGCCUUCCCCUGCCCGAGCUGCCAGCUCUCGUGUUCUUGGAUGUCUCGAAUAAUAACUUGGAAGGAGAGAUCCCUCCGGGCCUGAUGAGAUUUGGGGCAAACACUUUCAAGGGUAAUCCCGGGCUUUGUGGUAGCGAUGAGGCCUGUGAUCCCUCCGCCAUGUCCACAGACCCCGGGAUGAGUAGCACACACAUGUCGCUUUUUAUGUGGUUUAUGGUGGCGGCAGCUCUCAUGUUUUUGGUGAUGGUGAUUGGGAUUUUCGCGAUGAAGAGAAGGCAGGAGAGUGGUGAUGAUGAUAUAGAUGAAUGUCCUAGCUUCCACAUAUCAAGUGUUAGGAGGACUGAUGGGGUGGUAUGCAGGGGGGAGGGGAUAGCCCUCGGCCCGCCCCAGUGUUCUGUUCAGUCCGUGUCCGGCCGCAAGGGGUCGAGGAAAUAUGGGAAAGGGAUGGAGAUAGUGAUGAUAAAUGACGAGAAGGGUGAGUUCACCAUGCAGGAUCUCAUGAAAUCUACGGCUGAAGUGCUCUCAAACGGGGCGUCCAGCUGCUCGUACAAGGCCGUGAUGCUCACUGGGAUGACCGUCGUGGUGAAGAGGAUCAAAGAAAAUGCUAAGAUUGGGAAGGAACAAUUUGAUGGUGAGAUGAGAAGGCUUGGGUGUUUAAAGCAUGAAAAUGUGUCGACGCCUUUGGCUUAUCACUUUCGUAGAGAUGAGAAGCUUUUGGUGUCUGACUAUAAACCUAAAGGCAGUCUGCUCUAUGCAUUGCACGGUGAUCGCGGUAGCUCCCGUUCAGAGCUGGACUGGUCUGCAAGACUGAAGAUAGUUCAAGGGAUUGCCAGAGGGUUGGCUUAUCUUCAUGCCGAGCUCUCCUCGCUGGACUUGCCACACGGUAACCUAAAAUCGAGCAACGUGCUUCUAAGUCAAGAAAACGAGCCUCUACUCACAGACUACGGGUUAUGCCUAGUGAUCAGCAGCUGCCUUGCUGCACAAACACUUGCAGCAUACAAGGCUCCAGAAGCAAUUUUGGAUCACCACAUUUCACCAAAAUGCGACGUCUAUUGCCUAGGAAUCAUCAUUCUUGAAGUUCUUACUGGGAAAUUCCCUUGUCAGUUUGUCAACAACGGAGAAGGUGGGGUAGAUACAGUCCAAUUGGCAAGAUCAGCCAUUGCUGAUGAGAAUGAGCAUGAUCUAUUUGAUCCGCACAUGGAACAGACCGACAAGUCGAAACAUGAGAUGAAGCAGCUUCUCCACAUCGGUGUAGCCUGCACGGAGAUUAAACCCGAGCAGCGUUUGGACAUGACAGAGGCCCUUACGCGGAUAGAAGGGAUAACGGUGGAGGGACGAUCUCAUGACCAAACGACCAUCCAGGUCGAGGCCUUGUCGAGAGAUGGGUCGUUCAGGGAGGUUGUGUUGUCGAGAGAUGGGUCGUUCAGGGAGGUGUGAUGAAUGUGGCAUCUGAGAUCAUGAAUGACCAGUUAUUGGGCAUGGAUGUGAGCUGAAGAGAAUGAAAUACACUCCACUUCUUGCAAGAAUUUUGUUUAUGGUUGACAGAACUCGAUUUGGCAACAAGCACAUAUAAUUAAAUUCUUGAUUUAAUGAGGCUUUGUACAUAUUUCUGGGAGUAGAUUCAACUAUUGGUUUUCUGAUUUAUGCACGAUUAUGGAGGUUGAUGUGGGGAAAUUCUCAUUA